GUUCAGUAAUUCCGCUCAGUUCAGUUACACUAGAACGGCGGAAAACGCAAGUCGCGGAUUCUGCUGCUAGCGAUUCCGUCAGUCCGCAAAAGAGUCCGCGCUUUCCCGAUCUGACAACGCGGAAUAAAAAAAAAUAACAAUGCCGAGUGAAUCAGCUUAGGGCACGCACGACCGAUUCGCCGGUAUGACAAGAGUGUUUUGAACUUCCGAUGGAGCUACUCCAAUUGUUGAAUCGAUGAAGUGAAGGCUAACCUCAAGAACAUGCCGGUCAAAUUAUUUUAUAACGAGAUGAGUCCCCCUUGCAGAGCUGUUUUGAUGACGGCGAGGGCACUUGCCAUCGAGUUGGAAUUGGAAAAGGUCAAUAUUUACACGAAGGAGCAGAUCGAUCAAAAUUUGAUAAGGCUGAAUCCUGAGCACACGAUACCGACUAUGGUUGACAACGACGUUGUCAUAUGGGAUAGCCAUGAAAUUGUUAGUUAUUUAGUGGAGAAAUAUGGGGAAGAUGAUAAUCUGUACCCUAAGGAUUCGUCUCGGAGAGCUUUGGUGGACCAAAAGUUGACAUUUGAUGCUGAAACUCUCUUUCCUAGGAUAAAUGCAAUUAUUAGCUCUAUAGUGAUCGAAAACGAAAAGGAAAUAUCAACUGACAAAAUAAGUGCAAUUACAGAAGCGUACAAACUCUUAGACGCUUUUUUAGAAGAUAAGACAUACCUUGCUGGAGACUGUUUGACGAUAGCAGAUUUCUGCUGCGUCGCCACUGUCAGUACUGCGACCAUUAUCAUACCUAUAUCAACAGAAAAAUACCCGAAUUUAUCUACAUGGUAUAGAAAUUUCAAAAACUUCGAAUAUUACGAAGAAACUAACGGUGAGGGACUGAGCCAACUGGACGCCAUAGUUGAACAGAAACUAGGAAGACCAAGAAAUAAAGAGUUGUGUGAUUGAAUUUAUAUAGUACACAGAGAGAUCCUGUCCAUCUGAUGAUACUGAUGAUACUCUUGCUUGUCUCUGUAUAACACUUACCCCUAUGAUGACUGAGUAAACAUUUGCACUGAAUAUUUAUAGAAUUAUUAUAUCCAUAAAAUAUGUUGUUUAUUUCAUUUCAAGGAUUAAGUUUUCAGAGUUAGUAAAUUCGUGAAAUUAAUCCUCAGUAGAGGGCCCUACAGAAGCAACGCUAGUGAAUAUCAAUGGGAGAGAAGAGUGCAAACGAAAAUAAUGGUCAUUGGUCAUUUAGCGUAGGUAUAUAAGUGAUUUUUAUUUUUGUUGUAUUAUUUUAUACUUAUUUUACAUGACACAUCUUCAUUUUCCGAGAAGAAUUUAUAUUUAUAAUAACUCUUUCGUUCUAGACUUAGAUACCUAUAAGUAUAUAUAUGAAAAUCUUCAAAUAUUGUGUUUUAGUUGUGCCUUGGAAUACUUAAUUGGUUUCAAUUUCUCGGUUGCUAUUGAGGAUUUAACUAAUUAAAACUUCGUAUAUGCUUCAAUUGAAAGUUUAAACGUUUAUUAUCAUCAUACAUACAGUAUAGAUCUGUGAUGCAAUCACAUAUAAUGGUUGCAAGAUUUUUUUUCGAACUUAUCUUAAUAAUCCA